AUGCACGAGGUAUUUGACUUGGCCUCUAAGAACUCCAAGGCUACCGAGGAGUCCCCAACUAACACAAUCAACGACAGAUUCCACCGUUCCUUCAACUCCGGAGCCACCGUUGACCCAUACGACUUCAACUAUGCCUCCAUCAAGUGGCUGUCAAAGCAGAACUACGAGACGAAGCGCUCCAAGGGUGACAUCAUGAAGAAGCUUAACAUUAAUCCGCAGGACUUGUACGUGUGCACCACCUUGUUGUCUAACUACACAUCAGAAACUGGUAGAAUUCACUCCGCCGAAGUUAACAACUUUAACGCUAUCACCCAAAAGAGAUUAUCGAAGGCCAUAAAGAGAGCCCAGAGCAUCGGUUUGUUGUCCAAGUGGCACAAGGAUAUCCAGAGUUUGUUACCGCGUUCCAGCAGACAGCUCCGUCGUUUCUAA